AUGUUCGUCAAAAACUUCUUCUCCGUUCUCACGCUGGCCGCUGUUUCGGUGACCAUUGCCCUUGGCAGACCGUCGCCGCUGGUCGAGCUUGAGCUUCAUGCAAACAAUCUGGUGAGCGCUGCUUUGCUCUGAUUCGAGAACCACGAGGAUCGAGCUACUGACCGACCCGAGUGCAAGCAGACAACGUCCUACGUCAGCGACAGUCUUCUGACUGCGGAUGUCAGCGGGCUUGGCGCGCGUGCGCUCGUGGAGCGUCAAGCGCCCAACGAGGUCAGUCUGCCCAGUAAUCUUGCAAGGUACUCUCCCCACCUGGUCGACUGACUUGAGUCCCGUCACCUACAGAUCUACCAAGGCAACGAGGCUCUCCAGACUGCGGGCACCAACCUGACUAUGCAUGUGCGCACAGACUUCGAGACCUUCGGGAAGCAGCCAUGCUGACAUUCACUCGCGCGUCCGAUGCAUUCGGCUGCCACAGGUCAUCCCCAUCAAGCGUACCUUUGCUCAACAGCUAGCAGGCAAGUAUAAGCUUCUGACGCCUACCGGUUUGCCGGAGGGUUUCCUUGCUCCGGACGAGCACCCUUUCAUCGUCCUGGCCCAAUACUUGACGGGUGAGUUUCUUGAGGAGAUCUCGCCGAUGAUCGAAGACGCGCUGACGACGAGCGGCUCCCUCUUCACGACUGCAGACAUUCGUCAAAGAAUGGGUCUUGAGCUCAGGGUGAACGAGCUCCAAGGCUCCUACUUCUGUGCGUCGGCAGUCGAUGCUCACACGAAGCGACCUUUCACACUAACCCGCUUCUGCACUCAAUGGCCAGAUAUUCCUUUCGUCGAUGCGGCAAACGAUGGCAGAACACCUUUCAUCAUGUCUUACCAGUCUUGGCAGAGCCAGCUCAUCCCACGUCUGGUUGGAAGUCUCUACGGUGCUACCUUGAAAUUGGGCUACUUUGAACCAGAGCAUAAGGCGAGAUGGCACGAUGUGUGGCCUAUAUUCGCCUCCAAGUGAAGCUGAUCGAAAGUAAUUAUUUCCUCCGACUAGGCAUACAACGAUCUUGGAUCGGGACAAUAUUUCUUCCAGAAUUUUGUUGGCUUGAACAACCCUGUAAGUGUGUGACUUUGCUGGUGAAUCUGUCUUAGCUGGCAUUUACCUUUUGCGGUCGCCUUCACGCAGAGCGGCUCCCUCGGUGUCCUUUCUCCCGUCUUUACGACUCGCUUCAACCGCGCACCGCGAGGUCAGCUGACCGCCAAAAACUUCAAGGACUUGCUCACGACGCCAGUCAGGGUACGUCGAGACAAUCUCUCAGCGGACAUGAGCUGUGUUCCGAAUCUUGAUCCUCACGCACACGCUUUCCGUCCUUGUUAUAGGCUACCUUGUAUCCUAAUACCGGUCGUUGCAUCCGUUUUGAAUACGUAACGUGAGUAUUCAUGCUCUCCCGCUUGCGUUCCGAUUUAGCUGACACUCCCCGGUCUCCAUUAUACAGGGGGCAGGUGUGUUGCACGCAAAGCGACGGGCAGAGUAGCAAGCUGCGAGAACGAAGUGCUGAUGAUCCCUUGCUUGUGGCCGCAGCCUUUCGAGCAAGCAUUCUUUGCUCGCUCUACCGUCAACAGUGAGUAGUGCAUGCUCAGUCGGCGACCCGACUGACAACUGACGCUUGACGUAUCCAAUACGACCCGCACCUCUAGUCUACGAGCCGGUGUGGGGCACCCGCAAGGUCUUUGAGAACGUAGAGACCUUCUCGUUCGCUGCCAAUUGGCUGAGCGCUUCUGGCCUCGGUGAAGAUUGCCGCACCUUUGUCAAGUAG